AUGAAAGACACACAAGACAUUCAGGAAGCUUUGGAGGCCCUGCAGACUGAAGUUCAUGAUCAGGAAGAUAAGAUGGAAAAACAAGAGCAAAGAGAAAACAAACUUGGAGCUCCCCCAACAAUACAGCAAUCUUCAGUACAUUUUUUCCCAGAGACAAGAGGUUCAGAUGCCACAACACUGCCAUUGUCACAGUCACUAUCGCAUGAAAUGCCUCCCAGUUACUGUCGGUCUACUUCUAAAAUUAGUGAACUAACUACACCAACAACUGGACUCUUGGCUUCUACAUCUGUAGUGAGUAGUUCCCAAACACAAAAGAUCUUGGAUAUCAGAUGCCUCAUAGUUUCAAAGAAACAGACUCUGCUGGGCCUUGAUCCUGAGCCACCUAUGAUUGGGGAAGGAGAAGAUUACUUCCUUUCUUUGUUUGGUAAUUCAAAGAAACUUCCUGCACACUCGAGCAACACUGAGAAAAUUUGCAAACAUUUUUCCAUGAUUCUUGAAGAAGUUGGCCAAUCUACAUCCAGUUCUCUUGGAGACAUUAAAAUAGCUGAAGUGAAUGUCAAGGGUUUGUACAUAAAGCUCAUUAACUCUUCCCUUGACAAAGAAAUGGAGAUUGGAAAUCAUAUUCUCCAGCAAAAUGUGAAAGGACAAACAGUUUCAUUGUAUCGAUUUCUUCCAGAUAUCAUAAUGCAGGCCAACUCCACAGUAACCGUGUGGUCAGCAGCAUCUGAAGCAAAGCAUCAGCCACCAUCAGAUUUUCUCUGGAAGGAACAAAACAAGUUUAGAACAAGUCCAGAUUGUACAACAAUCCUGUGCAAGCCCAAUGGUGAAGCUGUUGCCUGGUACACUCCUAUUCACUGGAAGCAAGCAUGGGAGAAAUUAGAGACUGACAUAGAAUUUGACAGAUCCUCAGUAGUAACUCCAACAUUCCAAAGGCACGUGUUUCAGCGGACAACAUCUGCAACUUCAAUAACUAAAGAAAAGCAAGAUCAACCUAAGAAAGAUGCCUCAAAAUUUCAGAAGGAGCAACCUGAAGUCUUCCUCACGAGAGGAAAGGAAAUCCCACCAACCCUUUUCCCCAUUCGUAGCCCCUGGUGCCAGAGUCCCUGUGUCCCUGCACAUCCCUACUGUUCUCUGAUUGAACCAUACAACACAUGCCCCGCUGAGCAGCUGCGUGGACAGCCCAGGUCUCAGUCAUCCAGGCCCGUUCCGGCCCCAGGAUCUGUAAAUGAAUUUCAGGAAGUUUAUGAACCUGAUAAAUUUGGUGCAAAAUUGUGUGCCUAUGUCAUUUCUUCUGGGAAGAGAGUCCACGAGGUUUAUCAGAAGACAUCAAAUGUUUAA